AAAAAUAAAAAAACAAUUUCAGUCAGAAUUAUAAUUUUUUGUGUGAAAAGAAUUGAAAUUUGUUUAAUUAGAGUGUUUUUAAAUAUAUUUCAAAUGAUUGAUUUCGGUGAUUCGUUUAUCAAAAAUGAUCCAGUACAGACAUUACGAAAUUUCUCAAUGUCGUCUGUUAUCGGUCAAAGAGAACUUUAUCCACGUGUCCUGGAAUGCGUCUUGCAAACGGAGGCAGCGGAUGUGAUACUUACAUAUAAAGAAGAGAUAUUGGAGACAUUGGAAGCUGUUUCUAAUGAUAGAGAAAUGGAAGUACGAGCGAGUCUUGUGGGGAGCGGUAACAUGAUCCAAAUCUGUACAUGUCUAACGCAGCUCGAUCAAAAUUUUGUACAAACUUUUGGUGUUCUGCUGUUGGAUCACAUUCUAUCAAUUUUAUUGAAAUUUUUAUCAGAUGAGGCAACGGUACGAAAAAGUGCAAAUUCCACACUACUCUAUCUAAUUGAGAAUGGCUUUCUGGACAAAAAAGUUAUUAAUCGUAAUGUUUGUCCAGUUGUUCUUAAUCUUCUUAAAAUCGAUAAAAUUGAUGGUGUGAAUGGAGAUCAUCACGAUAUACAAUUAAAUGCAAUUGGGAUAAUGGCCAAAGUGGCGCCUAUAAUUGGCAUGGAAAUGACGCACGAGACAUUCUUUGACAAAUUUAUUGAAAUGACACAAAGUGAGGUGUCGAAUGUACGAAAACAAUGCGCGACCGUAUUUCCUGUGAUGUGUGAAGUAUUAGGUGGUGAUGUGCUGGAAACGAGCAUGCUGCCACAAUUUGUAAAACUAUGUGAGGAUUCAUUAUGGAAUAUUCGGAACGUUUGUGCUCAAAUCAUACCGAUGAUAUCAAUCUUAUGUAGUCUAAAUUUACGUAGAAAAUACUUAGUACCAAUUAUGAAAAAGUUUAUGUUUGAUGACUCACGUUGGGUGAUAAUAUCGGCGCUUAAUAGCUUGGGCGAGUUCUUGGCAACAUUCGCUUCACCACCCAUCGUCGGACUGGCUUACAAUUAUCGUCUAGAAUUAUUUAUCACAAAUGCAGCAGAUCAAGAUUUUCGUCAACAAUGCCAAUCUAACAUGAUUUUAUAUUCAAACCAACCAAAUUCGUCCGUUAUUUUCAAAAAUUUGGAAUAUUACGAAACAGAAUUUGCGAAAGAGUGCAUCACUAACCAAAAACAAGGAAGCGAAAAGACAACAAGAUCAUUAUCGGUUCCGAAUGCUAAUUCGACAAUGAAAUUAUCGUCGUCAGGUGAUAAUAUUGAGGCAAAGAAGAUGAAUGUCGAGACUUAUUUGCUGUCAAUUAUUAAAGCAAGUCAUUUUAAUGAUCGUAUGAAUACGUCUGGUGGUCGUUUAUCAUCCACAACAGCAUCAGAAUCAGAUGAAUGUGAGUUAUUUUCCAUACACAAUUCAAUUAAUCCAACGGCAAUUUUGAAACGUUUAUCAACGACAUCAGAUGAUUUGAUGAAUCCUAUGAAAGGAGAUGAUAAUAAUAAUAGCGAUGAUGCAUUCAAUAAUUUCUUAAAAUUUAAUACACCAUUGAAAAAUAAUUUCAUCAAUAAUCGCUCCCUUACACCUGAAACCAUUGAGUCUUCAUUCGUUUGGCACAUGGGAUUUGCUAAUAGUAAUGACAAUGAUUCGGGCGUUCUCAACAACUAUCAAUAUCUAUUAAAAGAAAAUGGAUCAGAGGAUGAUGACGACGAUGACGAUGACAUUACAGAUUUCGACAAUAAUUUUAAUAAAUCGAUGGUUGUGAAAUCAUAUGUUGAUCAGAAUAAUGAAGACACUGAUGGUGCUAAAAAUGAUUCAUUUGAGAAGAAACUUGAGAAUUUAACAUUGGGCGAUAAAGAAAAUAAUAAUAGUAGCAGUGGUGAGUCGAGCAGUGAUGAUUCGGAAUUGGAACAAUUUAAUUCACAUCAAUAUUGGUACAUUGAGCCAUCAAAUAUUGAUGAUAUUGACGUUACAGUCGAUAAGAAUGAAUUAAAUAAUAACAACAUGCAGGAAGACACAAGUUUCAAUCAGGAUCAAUCGACACUUGUCAUGGACGAAGAGGAUAAUGUCAGUGAGAGUAGCAUGAAAGUUAAUGGAAGUGGUAAUAAGAAGAAAUUGGAUGACUUUUAUGAUAAAUUCUAUGAGAUGCCACCGCCACCGUCCACAUCAUCAAAUAAGCUAGAAAAUAAUGAAGCAGUCGAGGUCGAAUGGAAUUUAUUAGAAGAUUUUGUAUAUAUGAAAGAUAUCGACAAUAAUUUGUGCUUUAAAUGUGCAUUCAAUUUUCCAGCCGUUAUGCUCACAUUAGGUCGUAAAUUUUGGCCACUCUUGCAUCAACAUUUCCUGUCAUUAUGCAAUGAUCUACAAAGUAGUGUUCGCGUACGAAAGACAAUGGCAAAAUCAAUUUUCCAAAUUGCUCAGAUAAUUGGCGCUGAGAAUGCAACAAAAGAUCUAGUUGCGCCCUUUGUUGAAUUCUUCAAAGAUAUUGAUGAGAUAAAGAUUGAGGUUGUUAAGCAAGUAUCAAAUUUCAUAAAGAUCAUUGAUCCCUCAAAGCAUGAAUUGAUUGUCAAUCAAUUGGAAAUGUGCUGGUUGCCGACAUUUAAUGUUGUCAACUGGAGACUUCGCGAACAAAUUGGUGUUCAAAUUGUUGAAUUAAAUAAGCUCAAUAAUCAUAUAAAGAAGGAUAACUGCGUCCUUUACCUGACUGGAUUGGCGUUGAAAUUAAUGAUGGACAAAUACGAUUGUGUCCGAAAAGUUGGAAUUGAUGCGUUUGUAUCGUGCGUUGAAAAGUCAAAGCAAAAGAAGCAAUUACUGAAAUUCCUAUCAUUCCAUUUUGCAAAUUCAUCGCGAUGGCGUGAACGUCAAGUUUAUAUUUUAACUGUUGAUAAAUUGCUGGAAUUUAGAGCAAUAGAACCAAAAAUGUUCACAUUAUAUGUUUUUAAGAAGCUUCUUGAAUUGGUCAACGAUAAAAUACCCAAUAUUCGUAUCUGCAUCGCAAAAUGCUUCUCCGCGACAUUGCAGGAAAAUUCAUAUUAUCUGAAUGACAACAGCGAAACAAAGAAGCGCAUCUUGCAGGAAAUUGCAAACUUAAAGAAAGACUCCGAUCGUGAUGUACGCGAUAAUAUAAUUAUGGCAUCUUCCGAAGACUCUGUAACUCUUAUAAAUGAGAAUGAUGAGACUAGUAAUCUAUCACUAAGUGAGAUUCCCAAUGAGAUUUCUGUCACUUCUACCCCAUCACCACCGACCGUUCCAUUACAAAUUAAUAUCUACGAGUCACCAUCAACAGACGAUGAUGAGUCAAAUGAUAAAAGUUUUUAAUGCUCAACACAGGCACAAUCGUUUAAUGCAUACAAUUUAUUUUAUUAUUUUUUUAUUUCCAUUUUUCAAAUCUAUCAACCUUAAUUUUUUUUUUAUAAAUAAUACAUAUUGAACCUUAAAGGAUAAAGAAUGUCCUCAAACUAGUAACUUAAAAUUUUUCUAUAUCUAUUUUUUUUUUUCUUACCUGUCCAUUCUUCUUAAAUCAUACAUACAAAAAAAAACAAACAAACAA